UGUAUGACAAGUAUACUUAUAAUAUACCUAUAUAUAGCAGGCUUAUAAUUAAAAUUAAUAUAUAAAAAAGUAUAGAAGAUAUUAAACAAGUUAAAGUUGAUUAGUAAUGACCCUGGAUAUUUUUUUAAGAUUCCUUUUCUUGUUCCUUCAACUUUUUAGUUUAACUUUUGGUAUGCUUUAUUUUUUCGAUAAUUCUGAUGAUCAUUUCUUGAUACAAAACAAUUCAAUUGCGAUGUUUGCGUCAUGGGGAAAAAGAUACUAUGUGAUUUUUAAAUUAAAACCUAUAUCAAUAUCAAAUAAUUAUGCAAACGUUAUUCAUUUUACUCUUGGAAGAGAUAAUUUGCGUUAUGGAGAUAGAAACCCUGGUGUUUGGUUUACACCUGGCUCCGGACCUUUGCUCAUUUAUUUUUCUGCCAACGGUAUUAAUGACUAUACUUACUCCCCACCUCUACUACUUAAUAGCUGGUCUACUAUUCAAUUAUGCCAUGAUAUUGUUGACGGAAAUUAUUUAUUUGUAGUAUAUGUAAAUGGAACAUUUAUUAAAAGCAUUGUUAACAAAAUGCCUCAAACUUUUGAAAACGUUCUUGUUUAUGCUGCAGAUCCAUGGUACGAUGCAAAAGAUGGUUACAUUAAAGACCUCAAAGUUAUAACUGGAAAUGAAAACUUAAUAGAAGAUCUUAAAGAACAUGCGUUGAUGCAGGAUAAUCUGAUAGUAACAUUACCCUUGCUGGAAAAAACAUUUUCUGUUUCUUUUAAAAUCAAACCAAAAUUAUUUAAUGCAAGUUAUUAUACAUCUAUUAUUCAUCUGACUACUGGAGGUGAUAUUGGAUAUUAUGGAUAUAGAACUCCGGGAGUAUGGUUUAAUAACGAUGGUUCAGGGAUGUUGUAUAUUUCUUCUGCAGUUAGUGGAAACCCAAAUUAUUACAUUUUUACUGAACCGUUACAGUUAAAUGAAUGGUCAAGUAUUAGAAUAUCACAGUUUCUAAUAAAUAAAAUUUAUAUGUAUGCAGUGUAUUUUAAUGGAAACAUUAUUUAUAGUAUUAAAAAUACACGACCACAACCAUUUACAAAUGUAAACGUGUAUGCAGCGAAUCCAUGGCAUGAUGUUCAGGAUGGUUAUAUUAAAGAUCUAAGAAUAAUAAAUGGAAAUGAAGAGACAUGUGGUUUAUUAACUAUGCUCUCUUCUACCAUUCAGAAUGAAGAAGUAUAUAUUCACAUAAAUUUAACAACAAACUGUGAAUGUUUUCUCCAGAAUGUAUCUCUUUAUCUACAACCAGAUAAACUUUUGAUAUUUAAAAGAUUUUUGUGGGAUGAUUCAAGCUUAAAUGAGUCAUUUGUGGAAAUAGAUGGAAAGUUCAUUUUUGUUAAAGUACCUAAACUCUCUAAAGAUUUACCUGCAUGGUUUUCAGCUCUCUUUGUUUAUGGAAAAUAUUGGAAUAGUAGGAUUAAUGCAUCUAUGGAAGGUCAUUCUAAAUGGAGUUUUUGUUAUGGAGACUCAGUAUUUAAAGUUAUUCAACUGAAUUUCAAUGUGCCUAUAAUAAAAAGAUAUAUAACACCAGUAUCAAAAAUGAAUCCAAUAUCGUCAUAUAACCAACCAAACCAAACAGUUUUACAGACAGAAAAAUAUCAGUUUUUGUGCACUAACAUGCAGAAAAGACAGCCAAAUCCUUGCUAUCAGCGUGAAAUAUCAACAGGAAUAAUUAGGUUUUUUUCAAUUCAAUUUUUGGAUGUAAUUGGAUACGAUUCUAGCACUACAGUUAUAUAUGGACGUACACAUAGGAAUAAUGUUAUUGAAACAAACCUAAAUAACUGGAAAUCUUUUAUUAUAACUAAAGAAAAAUGUUCAAAAAUAAAAGCAUGCCAACCAUUUUUUAGUGAAAAUUGACAUAACUGGAAACGUUUCUAUUAAUAUCUACAUCUUAUACGCAUCAUUAGAUAUAUUUUUGGUGAUGGGUAGAGGAAAAUUUUUGAGAAAAUAGUCUUAAUAAAGGAUUUUUUCUUUUUUUUGGGGAGGGGGGCGGUGACGACUUCUAACUCACAGCACUGACAACAUUAACAUAC